AUGGAUGAGGGGAAUAACAAGUGGGCACCAUGUGGCAGCUUCAAUGUGCACUACGCAUUGAAUGACAUGGCAUGUGUGAGAUACUAUUUGGACAAGGAGAAGCUUGAGAUGAAAGUGGUGUGGGCUCUCGCGUAUGAUAAAAAAUUGCACCAGUAUAGGCUGCCCGAGGCCACCAACGCUUGGGCAGGGACAGAGGCGACUGCCCUGGCCCCUCACCUCAGCCUUGCCCCUCACAACAAGCCAGGGACUGCCCUUGCAUUGUUGGAGAAGGAGAAGGUUAUAGUGACAGUGGGAAGAGAUGGCGCAUUGCAAGUGUACAUGGAUGCCUUGGAUCCAUACAAGUCGCCCCAGCUGACCUUGGAGCUGCAGCUUCAGGAUUUUUUCAGCACAGGCAUUUGCUGUGUUGCUGCUGCACACAAUGGCAUGGUGUUCACGGGCGGGAACAAUGGUGUUCUCCACUGCCUCAACUAUUCCCAUGCUGGGGUCAUCUCUGCGGCUCCUAAACCCCACUGCAAAACCACAGUGGAGCCACUGAGUAUGAGUUUAACAGUUCAUGAGCUGGAGGAAGACCCUACAAAGCUCACCAUCAUGGAACAACAUCUUGCAGACACAGAGGCCAGGUAUUUGGCUUUGGGUGAUGCUGAGCGGAAGAAAGUGAAGGAUGCCAUUCAUGGGCUCAGAGAAGCUUAUGCACAAGUGCACAAUGCCAAUGAAAUGGCACCACCAUUGGAGAAGCUGGGAAUCCAUGAAAUGGUUGUUGACACUGCCAUGGAAAGAAAGCUGCAGGAGGGAUUGCGGAAAAAAGUUGAAGAAGCCCAUGAGGAAAGCCGGAUCAGCAACGUGAACAAGGAUAUACUAUCGGAGCGCCUCAAGGAGGAGUGCUGGAGCGUCAUGGCAGAACCUGGAAUGGCGGUGUGGCCAUGUGGGAAAGGAUAUGAAGUGUGGAGUUGUCCCACGCUCGCUGCGCCGAGCUUCAACCCCAAGGUAGCCCAGCUCGGGAAAUUAUACAGGCAGGUGGAAAUGUAUGAACACCACCACAUGAAGCUCUUGCACCGGGAGAUGGCGAAGCAAGCCGCACACAAGGCGGUGGAGCUCGCCGCGCAAGAGGCCGCGCAGGCCGCGACUCGCCUGGCUGAGAUCGACGCCGCCAACGCGCUUGCUCGAGACCUCCUCGCAAAGCUCCAGCUACCGCAGCUCCAAGGCCUCCUCCAAGUCUAA